ACAUCAUUAGCAAAGCCUAGGCCUAAGAGAGCAUGUACUAUUGACAGAACUGCUAAGAACAAAAAGUAUAUUUCGAUUUAAAGGAUUCAAUUGAAUAUAUUGUAAUUUAUAAAUAUAUUUUUUUCUAGAUCUGGUUUAUGUGAACUAGGAAAACACAAAGAUGGCGGUCAGGCCUCACCUCCUAAAUUUAUUUCAUCACCAAUGGUUCAAUGUGCAAUUUGUGAUGUGUCUCUCCCAAGUGAAAAGUUACGCAAAGAACAUGAAGUUGAUGAGCAUUCCUCGCUGCUUGAGUCUGUACGUAAACAUGUGGAUAAUGUUUCUACUCCAGGAAAUACGGAUUGUAAUGAACAGUUCGAACUAUUUAAUUCUUUGGGACUUUGCCCAACAUCAAAAUAUAAAACAACAAUUGUCCAUGAAUUGGCCAAAAGAACAAAUUUGGUGAAAUCAUUUGAGACUUUAGGACCUAAGAUUAUUGGCUCCUUUAAGUGUAAUUAUUGCCCGUAUGAAACUAAACUUGUAUUUGCUGUGUGGGCUCACAUGACCUCCAAACAUAAAUAUCUAAAAUGUGAAGCUGAAAAAAAGAUGUAUUGCUUAUAUUGCUUUUUGUGCCAUCGCAGAUUAAAUAAACGUACAAAUAUGCUCAGACAUUUGGACGCUUGUAUAAAUAAACUAAGUGAAUUACCAAUUACCUCGUCAAUUACCGAUAACCCUCCUAGACGAGUUAUAUGUGAAAUUUGCGAUGAAGGUUUUGAUUCGUUGAUAGAACUUGAAAAACAUACUUGGGGACAUGCAAAAAAGUAAAAGUAGGGUUAUAUACAUUCAUAUUACUUAUAUACCUAAUAUAGUAUAUAAUUUAUAUAAU